GCAACUAGUUUCCAUGGUCACGGUCGCAGCGUUGGGUCCUAGUGGGGUCCUGCUGUCACUUUCUCUCGCCUGUCGUUAGAAAUAGUUUCUGUCGCGACAUAAAAUCAACAUAAAACUUUAAAACUCCGCUACCGCGCUUCAUAGCAGACAUUAGCUGUCACUCUGCUGUCUUACUCGGUGUCUCCAAGGCAUCCUUUGGCGAAAGUAACCCGCUAAAAAGCUCGAACCGUUUUUUGCCGUCAUUGGACUACAUCUUAUUGGACUACAAACUGGGCGUGACGUCACCUCCCGCGGCCUCGUCGUUUGACAGAUUCAAAAGUGUUGGCGGUGAAACUAUCAGACUGGUGUGUUGACUGCAAUGGCUCCUCUCAAAUUUGUUAUUAAGUGUGGGAACUUUGCUGUGCUGGUGGAUCUCCACGUUCUGCCCCUGGGCGGCCAAGAGGACGCCAGCUGGUUUACUACAGACCACAUCGAGGAUGUUACAGACCUGGUUCGAGAUGCUGUGGACCAGAGAGUUAAGCAGUAUACAGAGGUCUUACACAAUAGAAGACAGCCCAAACAGAGAAAGGAGCUGGCACCUGCUCCAGCCUUUUCUGUGAACGGGAAAAACUUUAACCUGGUCGCCAAUUUUCUGAAGCGGCACAUCAACCUCAGAUGUAUUGCCAAGCAGCACUAUGGGGAUUUGCGUGUAUUUCCUGAACGCUAUGUUGUGUGUGUGAGCUGUCCAAGGGAUGCCUCAGCACACCAUGGAAACCCGAGCCUGGCCGCGACUGAGCUGAGCGAACAAAGCAGAUCGGAAUAUUUUUCCAGAGUGGGAGAAACCCAAGAGCCUUUACACAGCCCCACAAAAACAAAGAAGACUGUGCUUCAAAAGAUAGCCAAACAAGCAAGUGUCCGGCGAGAAGGCUACGAUUCCAGUACAGGGGAGCAGCAGAUUGAACAGAGAGCCUGUCCCAAAAACCAAAGAGGGGAACUUAGAGGUGGAGAGUUGGAAUCAAGCCCAAAAGAGACUGUGUCCAACUCGGGACAGGAGGCUCUCCCAGAGGCAGACCACAAGGUGCCUUUCCCCAGUGCCUUAAAUGAAGCCAUGGCUCACAAUGUGGCUACUCGAAAGCGUGGCCUGACCUUGGAGCAGCAGACCGAGAAAAGUCCUCCAGACAGUAUCAACCCAAAUGGAGCCUCAGUAGUUUUCUGCCAAUAUGAAAUCAGUCAGGAGACCAGCAAGAGCAAGAGGUGCAAGUCAAGCGAUGUAGGGGAAGACCCUCUCCCACAGAGGGCCAAGAGGACGUGCCUUGGAAGACCUCCAGCCACAAUGCAAACUCACUCCACCGAGUGCACCACACAAACAUCCAAGCAUGACCCUCUUCCUCUGCCGCCCCUUCCUCCAGUUGAAGCCAAGGCAGAGUCCAAGGCUUUCCCAGUCUCCGAGUGCAAGAAAACCACACUGGAAGUAGAGCUGCUUACUCUAGGGAAACGGGCCCAGAGGCUCCCCCUCACAAGCAAUAACACGGCACAGACAAACCAAAACAGGCUGGCCGCAAGUCUGAGGGGCCUAUCUGUCAAGCCUGCAUCCUCAGGCUCCUCUAUUAGUUCCAGAUCCACACUCGGAGAGGAGGGGAGUGAAAAUGUGCCCAGAACCUCUAGAUUACGACGACUGAAGAGGUCCUGAGGGGGAGAGACAAGCUACAGUAAAGAUGCUUGACGCCACAGAGAUAGAGAUGAUAGUGUGUCAGGCUACAUGUUUACCCCAUGCAGUCUCCUCAGAUGACAUGCUUUUGUACGCGAGUCACAUUUUACUACGAUAUCUAUUCUUUUCACAUGUGCUGUACAUACAGGGCACACACACACAGAUCAAAUACUGAACAUAUUAUGGCAAUUGAUACAUGAGCGUUUGAGUUACGCUUUGUCAAAUACUUGAAACAGACUUUGCCUCCACCCAUAAGUAGUGGUGGUCAAGAGAGGCUCGCAAAUGAAAGUCAAAAACCUUUAAUUGGAGUUUAGAUUUGGUUUUGUGUUAAAGAUUGAGGAUUUCAGACAGGCAGGAGCCAUGCAGUACGUCAUGGCUUUCAGUCUGAAAUACUGGCUCCUAUGUGUCUGAAAACUGUCCAGUUUCCCCGCUGAAGCUCUGGUGUGAUUGAUUGCUGUUUCCAGAUUUAUUUCAUCACCCCAUUCUCAAAAAUGUACUGUUGUAGUUAGAUUUCAUUCAUAUACAAUUUGCUCAAUACUUAGUUGCUAAGCACCUGAAAUGUAUCUUUAUAUUUUAGGGUAUUAUGCAGCUCUUGUAUUGAACUUGAACCAAAUCUGUGUGGGUGUAUAAGCAGUAUUGAAAUAUUAGUGGUUUUAUUUGGGAAUAGUUGGAUGUCUACAGUGUCUGGUACAGGUUAAAAUGUAGCUGCUGUCGUCGCCUCGUCACUCAACAGGGCUGGUCAUAUCACUCAACUGGCCCAGAGAAAACAUGGGGCAACCAAGGGCCAACAGUCACUCAUACCUCCAUGUACAGCCUAAGAUAUUCCACAUGAUGUUGCAUGAAUACAUUAUUUUUUUUACUGUCAAGAUUUUUUUAUGAUAUAAAUAAAUU